UCCACUUGAGAAUCAUGUGAUCUCACCCAUCAUUUUUGGGAGGACUUAUCGUCCCUAAAACCAAACUUGUGUGAUUUUCAUGAAUAUGCAUGCUUUGUUUCAGCAUCAUCUCCAUUGUAUUGUGUACGUAUAUACUAGUUUCUUUCGAAUUCAAUAGCUAAACGUUCUUAAUUUCCACGCAAGUUCGGGCAGAGUUGUCAUGACCACGUUGUGAGUGAUUGCAAUCAAGAGAAAAAAGAAAACAAUAAGAGGGUUUGAUCCAUUUGCUCUGGAUUUUGGCAUGUCAGGCAGCAGGAGCGUUACUGCUCAGUCACUGGAAUUGAGGGUUUUGAAUAGAAAUCAUGCGUGUGAGAUCUCAUCAGAUACAACUAGUUCUGGGAAAAGGAAUCACGAGAGGAAGAUGCACGUCAACAGCAAGCUAGUUAAGCAACUGGACCAGAGAUUGGGAAUUCUUGAAGAUGAAGGUGAAAUCCUCGAGGGAGAAUUCAUGAGAAGCAUGCAAGAAAGGGCAGAGUUAAUCGCUGAGGUUCGCAAUCACUUUGAGGAUAUGCAUUAUUAUUUUCGUCUCAAAAGCCAAGAAUGCGGAGACAUUUCCUCCCAAGGAGCUUUGACCAUUGAACCUCUCAAGAAGGAGAGGAGCAUCACUUUUGACCAGAACCCUGAGUGCCCCUCGUCAGCUCAGCCAGUGAAUCCUCGGGGGUAUUUCUCGUAGGGCGCGAUUUGAGUCUAACUUCAUAUAUCGUCCGGAUGCUUUUGGGAGACGGGAUACUCUAGGUCCAGAAAAAUUAGUCUGAUAAAAUUGGGAUACUCCCUAAUUGA